AUGGGUAUGCAUAUAUCGUCAUAAGCUGAUCGAGAACAUCGAGGUUCACUUAACCUUCAACAAUUUAAAAGAUUAGUUGAAAAUAAAAUAAAAGAAUUUCCACAACUUGAAAUAUUUUCUAAGAGCGUUGAAAAAGCAUUUACAGAACCUGAUAAAGAAAAAUUGAGUCAUUUAACACUUGAUACUCUUCGUUCAGUUCUUGAAAAAGCUGAUCAAAAAAAUUGUGCAUUACCUGCAACAGUGCAAGAUGUAUAUCAACAAGGUCUUUAUCUUGCACAUUUACUUAAUCAAAUGAAUAGUUUACAAUUAAAUGAUUAUGAACAAUAA